AUUUUUAUCGUAGAUGUCAAGCGUUUACAAACACCUGUAAUCGUCUGCCGAAAACAUGGCGUCAACAAUUGACAUCGACUUUCCAGUACAUGGAUUAUUGCCUAAAAAAGAGACAGGAGCAGCGUCAUUCUUAGAUAAAUACCCUGAUCACGAUGGGAGAAAUGUUUUGAUAGCAAUACUUGACACUGGGGUUGACCCAGGUGCACCUGGUCUACAGGUGACCAGUGAUGGGAAACCUAAGAUUGUGGAUGUGAUUGAUACAACAGGGUCAGGGGAUUGUGAAACAUCAACAAUCGUAGAUGUUAAGGAUGGCGAAGUAACAGGGCUGACAGGGAGGAUACUUAAGAUUCCAGAUGAUUGGAAUAAUCCUUCUGGACAGUACCAUAUUGGUGUUAAACCAGCAUAUGAUUUGUUACCAAGAAUUCUAAAAGAUAGAAUGACUAAAGACAGAAGAGAAAAGAAGUGGGACCCACCAAACAGAGUGGCUUUAGCUGAAGCUUCCAGGAGACUGGAGGAAUUUGAUGCAAAAACUCCUUCCCCUUCACAGGAAGAAAAGUUGAUAAGAGAAGAUCUGCAGGCCCAGAUAGACAUCUUAACUAACUUUGACAAGAAAUACAGUGACUGUGGACCAGUAUAUGAUUGUCUAGUCUUCUUUGAUGGGAAUACAUGGAGGGCUUGUGUUGAUACAAGUGAGGAGGGAAAUCUUGGUGAAUGUAAACUGCUGGCCAGUUACCGGGAAGAAAGACAGUUUGCUACAUUUAGUAGAGAAGAUAUGAUGAAUUACACAGUUAGUAUCCAUAAUGAUGGUAAUGUGCUGGAAAUUGUUACAAAUGCUGGAUCCCAUGCAACACAUGUGGCAUGUAUUGCUGCAGGUUACUUCCCUGACUCACCGGAGAGGAAUGGUGUGGCUCCAGGUGCACAGGUUAUCUCCAUCAAAAUAGGAGACACAAGAUUAGGCUCCAUGGAGACUGGAUCAUCACUAGUCAGAGCUAUGAUCAAAGUUAUUGAAUACAAAUGUGACCUAGUAAACUACAGUUAUGGAGAAGCAUCUAAUUGGCCAAAUUCUGGACGUGUUUGUGACAUUCUAAGUGAAGCUGUAAAAAAACAUGGUGUUAUAUUUGUGUCCAGUGCUGGUAAUAAUGGACCUGCUUUGUCUACUGUGGGUUGUCCUGGAGGGACCACAGAUGCACUUAUAGGUGUUGGUGCUCAGGUUUCUCCAGCAAUGAUGUCUGCAGAAUAUUCCUUGAGAGAGAAGUUACCCUGUAUGCAGUAUACAUGGUCUUCUAGAGGACCAACACAUGAUGGUGCUCUUGGUGUAUGUAUAAGUGCACCUGGUGGAGCUAUAGCAUCAGUACCUAACUGGACUCUCAGAGGUUGUCAGUUGAUGAAUGGAACCAGUAUGAGUUCACCUAAUGCUUGUGGUUGUUUAGGUCUAGUAUUGUCAGCACUGAAAGCCAUGGGAGUAGGUUACACACCAUUCAGUGUUAAAAGAGCUCUAGAAAAUACAGCUGUUAAAGUAGACAAUAUAGAAGUGUUUGCUUUAGGAUAUGGUUUAAUUCAGGUAGAGAAAACCAUGGACUAUCUGGUGAACUUUGACAAACAGAAAGAAAGUAAAGUACAAUUUUCUGUGAUAACUGGAUGUGGUAAGCGUGGAAUCUACCUCAGGGAACAUAGACAGCUGAUUAAACCGUCAGAAUUUAAUGUUAGCAUAGAACCACGAUUUUGUGACAAAGAGAUUUGUCAGAUAGAACAAGAAGAGAAGAUAAAUUUCUGUAUGGAGAUGUGUUUUACUUGUGAUGCAGCCUGGGUACAACACCCAACCCAUUUAGAACUAAUGAAUUCAUCUAGAACAAUCAAUAUAAAGAUAGACCCUAGAGGUCUACAGACAGGUGUCCACUAUACAGAGGUUCGUGGUUAUGAUGUCAGCUGUAUAGAGAAAGGUGCUGUCGUACGAUUUCCAGUCACAGUUAUUAUUCCUCAAAAAGUUGAAGACACAUUGAACAGUGAAAUGAGUUACAGUAAUGUCAGUUUUAAACCAGGACAGAUACACAGACACUUUAUACAUGUACCUCAUGGUGCCACUGUUGCAGUGCUCAAGAUAAAUUCUACAGAUCUGGAGAAGAAAUGCAGGAUGUUGAUACAUGCCAUACAAGUUAUUCCUCAGAGCAGCUAUUCUUCUCAUGAGUAUGAGAAAUUUCUCACUUUGUCAGAUAAUGGUCAGAGUACUCUGACAUUCAAAGUUACGGAAAACAGAACUUUAGAAUUGUGUAUAGCUAAGUGGUGGGCCAAUCUAGGAGAUGUGACUUUAAACUACAGCCUUAACUUUCAUGGUGUACAGAUAGAUAACACAUCUCCUGUAUAUCAUGGAGCAGAUGGAAUAAUGAGAUAUGAUGUCAAGGCUACAUUGAAACCUGAAGAAAUUUCUCCUUCCAUUUCACUCAAGACUUUAUGUCAGCCUCUUAAACCAACAGAAUACAAGAUCAAAUGUUUGAAUGGACCCAGAGAUGUACUGCCAAAUGACAGACAUAUCUUUGCACUGGAGUUGACCUAUAGUUUUCAUAUUGACAAAUCAGUGGAAGUGUUCCCAGACUGUACAUUAUUAAGCAGCAUGUUGUAUGAAUCAGAAUAUGAAAGUCAGAUCUGGAUGUUGUAUGACAGCAAUAAACAGUGCUUAGGAACAGGAGAUGCUUAUGCCAGCAAGUACACUGUUAAAUUGGAGAAAGGAGACUACACCAUUAUUCUACAAGUGAGACAUGAGAAAAAAGAUCAGUUGGAAAAACUAAAGGAUCUGAGUAUAGUUCUGAACCAUAAAUUACAAUCCAGUAUAGCAUUGGAUGUAUUUAAUACAUGGCCAAAGGCUAUCAAUAAUAAAAAGAUGGGAUCUGCUACCAUAGAUAAAGAUGACUUGUAUCCCAUUUAUAUAGGACCACUGCCUUCUGACAAAAUACCAAAGGGAGCUAAGCCUGGACAUUACCUGAGUGGAAGUUUGACUUUAUUCAAGGAUGAAUUAUUGAGUAAACCGGGAAGUGUUCAGUUUAAGUAUGUUGUCACUGACUCACCUAAAAAGAACAAAAAUGGAGGAAAAGAUAAAUCUGAGAAGUCAGCAGGGAAAGAGAAGACCAAAGUAGAAGAAUACGAUGAAGCUGUUAGGGAUCUGAAAAUAUCUUGGUUGUCUAAACUUGAAUUAGAUAACCCUCUGUAUGAUGAACUAAGAAAGACAUAUCCAGAUCAUUUACCAUUAUAUAUGUCCAGACUACAGGCUUUAGACACCUCCAAGGACAGAUCUAAGAAGUUGGUAGAGAUAAUAGAUUUAGCCAAGGUUGUUAGUUCUAAGAUUGAUCAGAACGCUCUGUUGGCUUAUUAUGGAAUGAAAUCUGAUCCAAGACCUGAAGCUACUGUCAUUAAAAAAGACAUGGACAAACAGAAAGAGAUGUUAAUAGAAGCUCUAGUGAAGCUUGCUUGUGCUGAGGCUGACAUUCUAAUGAGGGAGAAUGGUGGAGAGGUGGAGGAAGAGGAGGGAGCAUUACUACCAGAGGUCACUCUACAAGAUCUGAAUGAAACCUACCAAACAUUACAGAGAUGGAUAGAUCUCAAUGACGACAAGAUGUCACAGUUUUCAGUAUUACAUGCUAAGGCUAACCAACAAUAUGGAAGGGCUUUGAAACUUCUAUUGAAACAAUCAGAGGAUAAAUCUACACCAGAUAUGGACAAAAAAUGCAUCGAGAUGUACAAGAAACUGGGCUGGACCCACUGUGAGAAUUAUGCUUCAAACUGGAUGUUGGUUAAAUAUCCAACAUCAUACAGACCUUUCUAAUUAUAGACUUGGAUGAUCUGAUAGUUUAUUAUUGAGAUUAUCUUUAUGCAACAGAAACUUGCAAGCAUCUCUUUUACCUUAAGUAUUUGAUAUAUGCCAACGAAAUUUCAUUGUGCAUAGAAUGAUUUAACAGAUAAUAAUGAAAUAUCUUGGUCUAACUUAUUGUACAUAUCUGAAAUAAUAUUUUGAUUACUCUGGUAAAUUUUCAGUUUUAUGUGAUUCUUGGUAUGAUUAAAUAAACACUUUGAAAGAUUUUAGAAUAAACCUCAUUGCAAAAAUUCAUAUUUAUUCAACAUAAUUGUAUAAAAAUCUUGAUGUUGUAAAAAAAAAAAACUACAAUUCUGGUAGUUAGUUUAAUGACUUGAUAUUUAAAUUAAAUACUAAUGUUUUAUUGAAACUUGUUGAUAGAUUUCAUUAUUGUAAAGCAUGAUUUAUGAAUUUAAUAUUUAUAUUUAUUGUACUUCUACAUGAGUUUCAUAUAAAGUUUGUGUUGACACAAAUAUCUUAUGUAUCAGAGAUAUUCCAUACAUAGAUCAUACUUUGGAAUUGUCAUAUCACAAGUAUAUUUUAGACCAUCUUUUAUAGAUUUUUUUAAAAGAAAUGUAUUGUGUUAAAGGGGCAUGGGCAUAAGAUUUAUACUAAAAUAACCAUAAGCUGGUGAUUUCCCCUGAUGAAUUGUGCAUAUACUAAGCCAUCAAGUAUUAAAAAAAAAUGGAAAGUGAAACAAGGCAUAUGCUGAGUAGAACCAUCUUGUUGACUGAUUCUGCACACACAAAAUUUAUUUUUUUACCAGUGGCGGAUCCAGAAAUUUUCAUAAGACUGACUGCCUUAGAGUGGGCCUGCUCCAGUCAUGCUUCAGUGAUUCCCUUUAUGAUCAACCAAAUUUUACCACAAAAAAGGGGGCCUAUGCCCCCAGAAGAAAACCCUCUCAAUCCGCCUCUUGUUUACAGGUGAAACAAUCAUUCACACAUUUUGAAAUCAAUCCCUGGAAAAAUCCUUCUCAUUCUAUUGCAUUUGCUUUUUCUGGAUACUUUAGAAUUAUGUUUACAUCUGGGUACAUGAGCAGACCAUGGACAAUCUUCGUAUAGAUAAUGGGGCAUCUGCUGAAUUACACAUGAAAUUAUGAUACUUUUCUGAUGAGACCAUACAUUGUAAAUAGUUUCAUUUGGACUGCAUGUAUUUUGGAUAUACGUUUUAGUAUGUUAAAAUUUAAAUAUGACAAUUUGAUUCAGUAUGGGAACAUGAAUUUUACAGCUAAUGCUCCUUUAACUACUUGUUAUGAAUAUUUUAAUCUUUUUUUUUUAAACUUGUGAAAAACAUUUAGAUGUUCUAUGAUAGAAAGUUUCUACAAACAUUUGAGAAAGUGGGAAGGAAAAGACUUCUAAAUGUGUAAAACAACCAAAUGUAAUAAUAAUAACUAUCUUUAUGAUUGGAUGAGUAGGACCAAAUGUUUACUCAUAGAAUGAGGGGAAAAACACAAUAAUCUCCUUAAAAGAACUUGUUCAUCUGUUUCUAAUUUCCUUUACAAAUAAUUUUAUAUUUUUACAGAAUUUUUUAUUUCAAACUUUUCAAAUUAUUAGCAAAGGUCAGUACAAGUCAAAGUUUCAAUUAUACUUCGGUGGACAGUUGUUUCUUUGGCAAUUAAAACAAAUCUCCUUAUUUUUAUAAAGUUUGCUAGUGAUUCUAUUUUCAAGAACAACAAAAAUGGAAUUUUAUUUGACUUUAAAAAAAGAAAUACAUGUGUUAUUAUUUUCAGUGAUUGGUUAUAUGUUGUAUGUAUCUUAAGUUGUAAGAUUUGUUUGGAUUAACAUCAGAACAACAAAACAGUUUGUGUGUGGGAAAAUAAUAAAAUCUGUGAUAUUUUAUCA